AUGAUUGACAUAAAAAUAAACAAUUCAAAUGGAUAUGCAUAUUUAGAUUCUGCAGCAAGAACUAGCAUAGCUGGAACAACGCUGUAUAGAAUGUUGCUCGACACCGGUUAUUCUUUCACAAAUAAAGAAGCAGUUAUCCAUUUGGCCGACGGAAAAGGGAAAAACAAAGAAAGUCUAUCUGUUUUCUUAAACUGGUGUAACAAUACUAAGAUGCUGUCUCCAAUACCAGCUCCACCACCAAUAGUUCGACCAAGAGAACCAAGGGCAGAUAACGAAGAUGUUUUAAAACACAAAGAUCCUCGAGUUAAAUAUAUAAAAAUAAAUCCUGUUAAACUGUAUUCUGUUGAUGUUUCCUUUCAAGAUUACUCUAAUAUUACACUUAGAAAUGAUGAGGCUGCUGUAUUAGGUUGCCAAGCACAGACACAAUUAAAUAAUCUUCUUAUAGAAUAUCAGGAUGACCUUCAUUUGAGAUCAAUGACUUUUACGGAACACCUGGAAAGUCUUCGAGAAAUUUUUGACAAACUCAAGGAAUACAAUUUACGAGCCAACAGAAAUAAAUGUAAAUUUGGAUGUUCUGAAAUAAAAUAUUUGGGUCAUCUUAUUAUCCCUGAAGGAAUUAAAGCUGAUCCGGAAAAGGUAUCUGCUAUCCAAAAUCUGCCACCACCUAAAAAUUUAAAACAAUUAAUAUCGUUUCUACAAACAACUUCAUGGUACAGAAGAUUUAUAAAGGAUUUUGCAUCAAUAGCCCAACCUCUUACCAUGCUAACAAAAAAAAAAUCAUCAUGGCAGUGGUCUACAGAGCAACAAAAUGCAUAUGACCUUCUUAAAAACGCAUUAAUCACUUCACCAGUUUUGCGGCAAGCAAUAAAUGAUGAACCAUUUGUUUUAAAAACAGAUGCAAGCUAUUACGCUAUUGGGGCAGCUUUAUUGCAGGGGGAGGGGCCCAAUGAACAUGUAGUGGAAUAUGCUAGUAGACUAUUAACUCCACCUGAAAAGAAUUACACAGUCACUGAAAAAGAAGCCUUAGCUAUUGUUUGGGCUGUAGCCAAAUUUAGAGGUUAUAUAGAAGGAUCGAAAUUUAUAACAAUAACAGAUCAUCAACCAUUGAAGUGGCUUAUGGCUCUUAAAACACCAACAGGCCGCUUAGCCAGAUGGGCGUUGCAACUACAACCUUAUGAAUUUGAAAUACAAUAUUCUAAAGGACGAACUAAUUUUUUGGCAGAUUUGCUUUCCCGCCCGCAAUGUGAUAAUUAUGAUGACAGUAGUGAAUGCUCUCUUCGGUCGGUAGAGAUUGAAUUACCCAGACGAAGUGAAAUAUCUAUAAGAGAAUCACAAUUAAAAGACGAAAUAUUAGCAAAAAUUAUUAAUGUACUUGAAAAAGAUGCUGAUAAUGAAGAUUACAUUGAAUGGAAUAAAAAAGGGUACUUAAUUCAUAAAGGUGUACUAUAUCGUUAUAUACCUGAUCAAGAUGACGAUAAUGCAAAACUAUUAGUUCCCAAACAAGAAAUAAAUGCUAUUUUAAAAGCAUAUCAUGAUUCACCAGUAUCUGGACACGUAGGUGUAGAUAAAACUAUUGCUCGAAUCACUAACCAUUUUUGGUGGUCUGGUAUUAGAAAAGACGUCAUAAAGCACAUUAAGUCAUGCAUUGAUUGUCAACGCUAUAAACCAUCUAACUUAAAACCAGCAGGACUAUUUCAAUCUACAGCCAAUAGUCAAAGAUUUGAAACGCUUUCUAUUGAUCUCUUUGGACCGUUACCAAAGUCCUUGAAUGAAGAAAAAUGGGUUUUUAUAAUUGAAGACGUCGCAACUAAAUGGAUAGAGCUAUUUGCUAUGAGAGAAGCGACAUCUGAAGCGUGCGCUCAUAUUUUAAUAAAUGAAAUAAUUUUAAGAUACGGCAUUCCUAGAAAGCUUAUAAGUGAUAAUGGUACACAAUUUAUCUCAGCAGUUAUCCAAAAACUUACCUUUUGUAUGGGUAUAGAUCAUAUAUUGACACCCGUAUAUCACCCACAACCAAAUAUUGUCGAAAGGCGAAAUAGAGAUUUGAAAACGCAGAUGGCUAUAUUAGUGAACAAUCAGCAUCGGAAUUGGCCAACGACGUUACCAGCUAUAAAAUUUGCACUUAAUACAGCUGUAUGUCAAAGUACAGGAUUUACCCCCGCAUAUUUAGUGUUUGGCCGAGAACUACGAACACCAUAUGAUCUUGCACAUGACCUUAGUACGAUUGUUCAAUCUGAAAACUUUGUAACAGAAAUUACACCCACACUUAAAAAGUUAGGAAGAGAUUUAAAAAUUGCGAAAGAAAAUAUAGAAAAAAUGCAAGAACUUAAUCGAGAUAGAGUCAAUACAACACGUAGACCGGAUCCUGGGUAUAAUCCUGGAGAUUUAGUUCUUAUUGAAACCCAUCCGAUUAGCAAUCAAAAUAAAUCUUUUACAUCAAAGUUAGCACCUCGACGAGAUGGCCCUUAUAUUGUCAUCAGGAAAAAAGGGUCUUCACUUUACGAAGUUGCUAAUGUAAAGGAACCAGAAGUUUCAAUUGGAAAAUUUCAUACAUCAGCCCUAGUUAAAUACGAGCACCGGGAAGCUGAAGAUGUACCUGAACUUAUUUUACCUAUUCGAAAAAGAGGAAGACCGAAGAAAACGUCUUUUGUAAAUGAUGCUGGUGCUCUUAUCGGGACGAAUACCAAAGCACCAGAGGGGGAGGAUGUAACGCCCAGUACUCCUGCACAUAACUACAACACUCGUGGAUCGUCGCGUAUUAGAGUGACGCACACAUAA